CGUGGCCCCCUACUUCAAGAUGGAGCCGGUGCGGACGCAGGUGCACCUGGAGGGGAACCGCCUGGUGCUGACCUGCAUGGCCGAGGGCAGCUGGCCGCUGGAGUUCAAGUGGCUCCACGACGGCCGCGAGCUGACCAAGUUCUCGCUGGAGUACAGGUACAUGAUUGCCAGCCUGGACCGCACCCACGCUGGCUUCUACCGCUGCAUCGUGCGGAACCGCAUGGGGGCGCUGCUGCAGCGGCAGACGGAGGUGCAGGUGGCCUACAUGGGGAGCUUUGAGGACAGCGAGAAGCGGCAGACCGUGACGCACGGAGAGGCGGCGGUCAUCCACGCCCCCCGCAUCGCCAGCUUCCCCCGCCCGCAGGUCACUUGGUUCCGGGACGGUCGCAAGAUCCCACCCAGCAGCCGCAUAGCCAUCACCCUGGGCAACACGCUGGUCAUCCUGUCCACGGUGGCGCCCGACGCCGGCCGCUACUACGUCCAGGCGGUGAACGACAAGAAUGGAGACAACAAGACCAGUCAGACCAUCGCCCUCACGGUGCAGAAUGUCGGGGGGCCCGCGGACCCCAUUGCGCCCACCAUCAUCAUCCCGCCCAGGAACACCAGCGUGGUGGCCGGGACGUCGGAGGUGACCUUGGAGUGUGUGGCCAACGCCAGGCCCCUCGUCAAGCUGCAGCUGCUCUGGAGGAAGGACGGGCAGGUGCUGAGCGGCGGGGUCAGCGACUUCGGCCGCCGCCUCACCAUCCCCAGCCCCACGGGCGGCGACGCCGGCUACUACGAGUGCGAGGCCGUCCUGCGCAGCAGCAGUGUCCCCUCGGCCGUGCGGGGGGCCUACCUCUCGGUGCUGGAGCCGCCGCAGUUCACCAGGGAGCCCGAGAGACACAUCAGCGCCGAGAUGGAGAAGGUGGUGGACAUCCCCUGCCGGGCCAAAGGCGUGCCCCCGCCCUCCAUCGUCUGGUACAAGGACGCGGUGGCCGUGGAGGUGGGCGGGCCGGGCCGCUUCCGGCAGCGGGCGGACGGGAGCCUGCAGGUCAGCGGGCUGGUCCCCGACGACACGGGCAUGUUCCAGUGCUUCGCGCGCAACGCGGCCGGCGAGGCCCAGACGUCCACCUACCUGGGGGUCACCAGCAUCGCGCCCAACAUCACCCGGGGGCCCCUGGACAGCACGGUCAUCGACGGCGUGUCCGUGGUGCUGGCCUGUGAGACCUCCGGCGCGCCCCGGCCGGCCAUCACCUGGCAGAGGGGGGAGCGUGUCCUGGCCAGCGGGUCUGUGCAGCUGCCGCGCUUCACGCUGCUGGAGUCCGGGGGGCUCCUCAUCAGCCCCGCCCGCCUCGCCGACGCCGGCGCCUACACCUGCCUGGCCACCAACUCGCGCGGCGUGGACGAGGCCUCAGCCGAGCUGGUGGUGUGGGCCCGGACCCGCAUCACCAGGCCCCCCCAGGACCAGAGCGUCAUCAAGGGCACCCAGGCCUCCAUGGUGUGCGGCGUGACCCAUGACCCCCGGGUGACCGUCAGGUACGUGUGGGAGAAGGACGGGGCCUCGCUGGGCACGGACACGCCCCGGAUCCGCCUGGACAGGAACGGCUCUCUGCACAUCUCCCAGACCUGGUCGGGCGACAUCGGCACCUACAGCUGCCGCGUGCUGUCCGCGGGGGGCAACGACUCCCGCAGCGCCCACCUGCGGGUCAGACAACUGCCCCACGCCCCCGAGCACCCGGUGGCGACCCUGAGCCCCACGGAGAGACGCGCCAUCAACCUGACGUGGGCGCGGCCCUUCGACGGCAACAGCCCGCUGCUGCGCUACGUGCUGGAGAUGUCGGAGAACAAUGCCCCCUGGACGGUGCUCCUGUCCAGUGUCGACCCAGAGGCGACCUCGGUGCUGGUCAAGGGCCUGGUUCCAGCGCGCUCCUACCAGUUCCGCCUCUGUGCGGUCAACGACGUGGGGAAGGGACAGUUCAGCAAGGACACGGAGAGGGUCUCCCUCCCCGAGGAACCCCCCACGGCCCCGCCCCAGAAUGUCAUCGCCAGCGGCCGCACCAACCAGUCCAUCAUGAUCCAGUGGCAGCCGCCGCCAGAGGGUCACCAGAACGGCCUCCUCAAGGGCUACAUCAUCAGGUACUGCCUGGCCGGCCUGCCCGUGGGGUACCAAUUCAAGAACAUCACGGACCCCGACGUGACCAACCUGCUCCUGGAGGACCUCAUCAUCUGGACCAACUACGAGAUUGAGGUGGCCGCCUACAACAGCGCGGGGCUGGGCACCUACAGCAGCAAAGUGACCGAGUGGACCCUGCAGGGAGUGCCCACCGUCCCCCCGGGCAACGUCCACACGGAGGCCACCAACUCCACGGCCAUCCGCUUCACGUGGAGCGCGCCCAGCCCCCAGUUCAUCAACGGCAUCAACCAGGGCUACAAGCUGAUGGCCUGGGAGCCCGCGCAGGAGGAGGAGGUGACCCUGGUGACCGCCCGGCCCAACUUCCAGGACACCAUCCACGUGGGCUUCGUGUCGGGCCUGAAGAAGUUCACGGAGUACUUCACGUCCGUGCUGUGCUUCACCACCCCGGGGGACGGGCCCCGAAGCACCCCCCAGCUGGUGCGCACCCACGAGGACGUGCCGGGUCCUGUGGGGCACCUGAGCUUCAGCGAGAUCCUGGACACGUCGCUCAAGGUCAGCUGGCAGGAGCCGGGCGAGAAGAACGGGGUCCUCACAGGGUACCGCAUCUCCUGGGAGGAGUUCAACCGUACCAACACGCGCGUCACCCACUACCUGCCGAGCGCCACGCUGGCCUACCGCGUCACCGGGCUCACGGCCCUCACCACCUACUCCAUCGAGGUGGCCGCCAUGACCGCCAAGGGCCAGGGCCACGUGUCCGCCUCCACCAUCUCCUCGGGGGUGCCGCCAGAGCUCCCCGGGGCGCCCACCAACCUGGGCAUCUCCAACAUCGGGCCCCGCUCGGUCACCUUGCAGUUCCGGCCGGGCUACGACGGGAAGACGUCCAUCUCCCGCUGGCUGGUGGAGGCCCAGGUGGGCGCGGUGGGGGAGGGCGAGGACUGGCUGCCCGUGCACCAGCUGGCCGGCGCGCCCGACGCCCGCUCCAUGGAGGUGCCCGACCUCAACCCCUUCACCUACUACAGCUUCCGCAUGCGCCAGGUCAACAUCGUGGGCACCAGCCCGCCCAGCCAGCCUUCUAGAAAGAUCCAGACGCUCCAGGCCCCGCCGGACAUGGCCCCGGGCAACGUGACGCUGCGCACGGCCAGCGAGACCAGCCUGUGGCUCCGCUGGGUGCCCCUCCCCGAGCGGGAGUACAACGGGAACCCCGAGUCGGUGGGCUACAAGAUCAAGUACAGCCGGGCGGACGGGCGCGGGCGGACGCUGAGCCACGUGGUGGCCGACCGCGCCGAGCGCGAGUUCACCAUCGAGGACCUGGAGGAGUGGACGGAGUACCGCGUGCAGGUGCAGGCCCUCAACGCCAUGGGCAGCGGGCCCUGGAGCCCCGCCCUGCUGGCCCGGACCCGCGAGUCAGUGCCGUCGUCCGGCCCCACCAACGUGUCCGCGCUGGCCACCACGUCCAGCAGCAUGCUGGUCCGCUGGAGCCAGAUCCCCGAGGCCGACCGCAACGGGCUGGUGCUGGGGUACAAGGUGGUGUACCGGGAGAAGGACUCGGAGGCGCCCGCCCGCUUCUGGCUGGUGGAGGGCAACGCGUCGCGCAGCGCCCAGCUCGUGGGCCUGGGCAAGUACGUGCUGUACGAGGUGCGCGUGCUGGCCUUCACGCGCGUGGGCGACGGCAGCCCCAGCCACCCGCCCGUGCUGGAGCGCACGCUGGACGACGUGCCCGGCCCCCCCGUGGGCAUCCUCUUCCCGGAAGUGAGGACCACCUCGGUGCGGCUGAUCUGGCAGCCCCCCGCCGCCCCCAAUGGCAUCAUUCUGGCCUACCAGCUUACCCACCGCCUCAACGCCACCGCGGCCAGCGCGGCAGCCGUGGAGGUGCUGGCCCCCAGCGCCCGCCAGUACACGGCCACCGGCCUCAAGCCCGAGUCCGUCUACCUGUUCCGCAUCACGGCGCAGACCCGCAAGGGCUGGGGGGAGGCGGCCGAGGCCCUGGUGGUGACCACGGAGAAGAGAGUGCGCCCGCAGCCCCCCGGCAGGCCGGCCGUGCGGCAGGAGGACGUGGGCGCGCGCAGCGUGCUGCUGGGCUGGGAGCCGGGCGCCGACGGCCUCUCGCCCGUGCGCUACUACACGGUGCAGGCCCGCGAGCUGCCCGCCGGCCGCUGGACGCUGCACUCGGCCUCCGUCAGCCACAACGCCUCGGCCUUCCUCGUGGACAGGCUGAAGCCCUUCACGUCCUACAAGUUCCGGGUGAAGGCCACCAACGACAUUGGGGACAGUGAGUUCAGCGAGGAGUCGGAAUCGCUGACCACUCUGCAGGCGGCCCCCGACGAAGCGCCCACCAUCCUCUCGCUGACCCCACACACCACCACGUCGGUGCUGAUCCGGUGGCAGCCGCCGCCCCAGGACAAGAUCAACGGCAUCCUCCAGGGCUUCCGCAUCCGGUACCGCGAGCUGCGGCACGAGGGGCUGCGGGGCUUCACGCUGCUGCGGGGCGGCCACGGCCCGGGCUCCAAGUGGGCAGAGCUGACCUCCUCCUACUCCAUGCUGAACCUCAGCCGCCCGAGCCUCACGCAUUACGAGCUGGACAACCUGAACAAGCACCAGCGGUACGAGAUCCGCAUGAGCGUGUACAAUGCGGCGGGCGAGGGGCCCCCCAGCGCCCCCCACGAGGUCUUCGUGGGAGAGGCAGUGCCCACGGCCGCGCCCCGCAAUGUGGUGGUCCACGGAGCCACGGCCACCCAGCUGGACGUGACGUGGGAGCCGCCCCCGCUAGAGAGCCAGAACGGAGACAUCCAGGGGUACAAGAUCUACUUCUGGGAGGCCGAGCAGCGGAACCUGAGCGAGCGGCUCAAGACGCUCUUCCUGGCGGAGAACAGCGUGAAGCUCAAGAACCUGACAGGCUACACGGCCUACGCCGUCAGCGUGGCCGCCUUCAACGCCGCGGGGGACGGGCCCCGCAGCGCCCCCGCCCGCGGCCGCACCCAGCAAGCAGCACCCAGUGCGCCCGCCGCGGUCCGGUUCAGCGAGCUGACCACGACGUCGGUGAACGUGUCCUGGGACGCGCCUCGGUUUCCCAACGGGGUCCUGGAGGGCUACCGACUGGUGUACGAGCCCUGCACCCCCGUGGACGGCGUGAGCAAGAUCGUGACCGUGGACGUCAAGGGGGGCAGCCCGCUCUGGCUGAAGGUCAAGGACCUGGCCGAGGGCAUGACCUACAGGUUCCGCAUCCGCGCCAAGACCUUCGCCUACGGGCCAGAGAUCGAAGCCAACGUCACCACGGGCCCCGGAGAAGGUGCCCCCGGCCCGCCCGGCGUGCCCAUCCUCGUGCGCUACAGCUCGGCCAUCGCUAUCCACUGGUCCAGCGGCGACCCCGGCAAGGGGCCCGUCACCCGCUACGUCAUCGAGGCCAGGCCUUCAGACGAGGGUCUCUGGGACGUGCUCAUCAGGGACGUCCCCAAGGAGGUGACGUCCUACACCUUCAGCAUGGACAUCCUGAGGCCAGGCGUCAGCUACGACUUCCGCGUCAUCGCCGUCAACGACUAUGGCUUCGGGACCCCCAGCAGCCCCUCCCAGUCGGUGCCCGCCCAGAGAGCCAACCCCUUCUACGAGGAGUGGUGGUUCCUGGUGGUCCUCGCGCUGGUGGGCCUCAUCUUCAUCCUGCUCCUGGUCUUCGUGCUCGUCAUCCGCGGCCAGAGCAAGAAGUAUGCCAAGAAGACGGACUCGGGAAGCAGUGCCAAGCCGGGGGCCCUGGGCCACGGGGAGAUGCUGAGCCUGGACGAGAGCAGCUUCCCCGCCCUGGAGCUGCACAGCCGCCGGCUGUCCGUCAAGAACUCCUUCUGCCGCAAGAACGGGCUCUACACCAGGUCCCCCCCCAGGCCCAGCCCGGGCAGCCUCCACUACUCGGACGAGGACGUGACCAAGUACAACGACCUCAUCCCCGCCGAGAGCAGCAGCCUCACCGAGAAGCCCUCCGAGGUCUCCGACUCCCAGGGCAGCGACAGCGAGUACGAGCCGGAGCCGGGCCCCCAGAAGGCCCACUCGUUCGUCAACCACUACAUCAGCGACCCCACGUACUACGACUCGUGGCGGCGGCAGCAGAGAGGCAUCUCGCGGGCACAGUCCUCCAGCCACGGGGAGGGCGACCCCGCGGAGCAGGAGCACGGCGCCCUGGGCGGGGGGCGGCCCCCAGCAGGGCAGCCUCUUCCGGCCCAAGGCCAGUCGGACCCCCACGCCCCAGAACCCCCCGAACCCGCAGAGCCAGCAGGGCACCCUGUUCCGCCCGGCCAGCAGCCUGGCCCCCGGCUCCCGGGCGCCCAUCACCGGCUUCUCGUCGUUCGUCUGACGUCGGAAGAGGACGCCCACCUGCCCGCCCCGCGCCCCCCCACGCCCGGCCCCUCCUCCAGCCGCCGGCCGCGAGGAGUGGAGCAGAGAAACUGAGUCAGCGGCCCGGCUCGUCCUCGGGCCUCCCGGUGCUAAGGCGACGGCAGCCCUGGGCGUGGAGAUCAGGGGCUCGCCCAUGCUGCGGGGACGCGGGGUGGAGGCCGUGGGCAGGCAGGGGUCCUCGGGAGGGGACUGGGGGGCU